CGGCGGUUGAUUGGAGAAUUGAUCUGCAUGGUCAUUAGAGCCAUCUUCUGUGCAGUAUAACGACCACAUUUAAAACGCAGUCGUGCACAUUUACAGCGACGGAGUCAACUGACCUGCGUUUUGUUGUGUAAAGAAAAUAGGAAUAAAAAAAGUAGCUGACUUCAGCAUUAACCUAAUGCUUUAGCUAACGGUCGCUGCUGCCGUUGGCCUCCUUUCUCCCGGUUGUCUCCGCUCUGGUGCGAUGAUGUGCAGCCCGCUUCUCCCGCUGCUGGUCGUCGUGCUGUCGGCUUGGUCGGGUGUCGGAGACCCGGCGGGAUCCGCUCAUGUCGACGGAGCUCCGCCGUCUAAAAUAGCGGUGGUCGGGGCAGGGAUAGGAGGCAGUGCCACAGCCCAUUUCCUGCGGCAGCACUUUGGCCCUGAGGUCCAAGUAGACGUGUUUGAGAAGGGGGCGGUCGGAGGCCGUCUUGCCACUGUAACCGUUAAUCACAACGACUACGAGUCUGGAGGUUCCAUCAUUCACUCCCUCAACCUCCACAUGCAGGAGUUUGUCAAACAGCUAGGUUUGAAGUACCGACGCAGUGUGGCGGGUAAGACCGCUGUGUUUAACGGCAAGCAGGUGAUUCUGGAGGAGACAGACUGGUACCUGUUGGACCUGUUUCGGCUGUGGUGGCGCUAUGGCAUCAGCUUCAUACGCCUUCAGAUGUGGGUGGAGGAAAUUAUGGAGAAAUUCAUGAGGAUCUACAAGUACCAGGCCCAUGGCUAUGCCUUCAGCUCGGUGGAGGAACUAUUAGACUCUCUUGGGGGGAGUGGCUUCAUCAACAUGACCCGGAGACCACUCUCUGAUUCCCUGCUGGAGCUGGGUGUAUCGCAGCGUUUCAUCGACGAGGUCAUCGAGCCGGUCAUGAGGGUCAACUACGGCCAGAACGUCAGCAUCCCUGCCUUUGUAGGCGCUGUGUCUUUAGCUGGUGCCCAGAAUAACCUGUGGGCAGUGGAAGGAGGCAACAAGCUGGUAUGUUCUGGCCUGCUGAAGAUGGCUAACGCUAACCUGCUGCAAGCACAAGUCAGCUCCAUCUCGCCCGUCUACUCAGGGGAGGUGCCCCAGUACCAGCUGAGUUACGCCACAGCGUCAGAGACGGGCUCGGAGCUGUAUGACAUCGUGGUGUUUGCGACGCCGCUCCAGGCCAGUGUCAGGUCUGGGGUCCAGUUCCAAGGUUUCACCCCUGCCUUUGAGGAGCUCCCCGGCAACUAUCACAGCACGGUCGCAACCAUUGUCCACGGUUACCUCAAUACCUCUUUCUUUGGUUUCCCGGACCCUCGCCUUUUCCCCUUCGCCAGCGUCUUGACAACUGAGACACUCGACCUGUUUUUUAACAGCGUGGCAAGUGUUUGUCCUGUCAACAUCUCGACUGGCUUCCGGCGUAAGCAGCCACAGGAGGCUGGAGUCUACAAAGUGUUCUCACCACAACCUCUGGACAAGGCUCAGCUCAAAACACUGUUCAGGUCGUACUACUCCGUGCAGGUGACUGAGUGGCAGGCCUACCCUUGUUACGGCAGCAACCAGGCACUGUCUCCUGUGGAGCUCCACCCCAACCUCUACUACCUCAACGGCAUCGAGUUGGCUGGCAGCGCGAUGGAGAUGAGCUCAGUCGCGGCCAAGAACAUCGCCCUGCUGGCGUACCACCGCUGGAACAGACAGACGGACAUGGUGGACCAGAAAGAUCUGAUGCACAGGAUCAAGAUUGAGCUAUGACCGGGUCAUCUGAAAACCUGACGGCAUCCCGAAGCCGAUGGCCGUGUUAAGGACAUUCUGCAGUUUGACUGAAGCUUCUCGUGGCAAAGUAUAUUCAAAUGCUUCUAAGCAAUACAACAUAUAUUUAAUAGACUGAAUACAAGAGCAAUUCGUUGAACAUAAUCCUAGCCUGCCUCAUCCUCAGUAGAAAACAAGUAAGUGUCAAAGUCAAGUCAAGUCUAUAACUCGUAUUACUCGCAUCCCGUAAGAAAACUGGUCCUAUGCUACUUUUCAAAGACCAGUUUAGACAUUUUCCAGGACUGGUUGCUAAUGCUAGUUAGUGGUUUCAUCCAAAUAAAUCAGCUGCAAGAAGCUUUUCUUUGCCAAGAAAUAUGGAAACUAAGCAACAAUGGGGAAACACCAGGUAAUAUUUAUCUCAGUCGGAGGUGAAUGGACUGAGGAGUCCCCGUCGUACGAGUUGCCGGUGGUGGGAAUGAACACCAGUUAAUGAGAACCAGUUUAAGGUCACUGGUGAUGCUCUGGGUAAAUACAAAAAUGCUGUGGUCAAAUCAUGAAAACACUCCUUGGAAUCAAGAUUGAGAGCAUUAAUGAGACUUGUAAAUGAGUCUUAGUCUGAGGUAUGAGACGGAUACAUAAACCAGCCCUCAAAAACAACUGCAGCUCUGCUUUUACUAUCUCUAUAUUUGGGGAGUGUUCCUGGACUGGCUGCUGGCCCGAAUCUCUUUAAAUUGAUUUCUGAAGAAUUUGUGUAAAUUAAUAAAAUCCUUAUUCAGUGACUAGGCAGUGGCCACUGGCGCUAUGCUCCCUCUCAUCAGACCAUUUCAUUAGCUCCCUUUCCUUCUGCAUAAUCCAGUGGAAAUAUGUUUCCCCGGGGAACAGAGCCAACAAGCUUUCACACUCGGCCAAAUGAAAGCAGAGGGCAGAUCCGUGCCACUGCUGGUGGUAAAGAUGACCUUUUUAUCCCAAGCCCUAAAGCUUUAUUGAGAUGCUACAUUUAAUAAGCGCUGCAAUCUUAGAGAAACGGUAUUGAGAUAGUUGGACGUUAACCUUUAGAAAUGGCAAGUGCCUAAAAUGAUGGCUUGAUAUGAAAACCUUUUGAUUUCCUGCAAAGGACUGAGAAAUGUCUGGUUUUGUUCAUUUACAUUUGAAAAACUGUAUUUCGACUGUAGUGGAUUUCUGGAUUCGGAAAAAAAACUAAUUUAACUGUCAACUGAAAACCGUGUGACUCCAAAGAGCUUUAGUGGACGGCUAAUGUGAUGAGAAAACUACACAACCUUUUAAUCUGAUGGAAUUGUUUAACAUUCGACAGUGGCAUCAGAAAUCACGGUGGUCCAUCUGAAAUGAAGACAAAUUAAAUAAUCAAAACAUAUAUUUAUGAGUAUUGUAGAAUCAUCUUGUGGCUUUACCAGAGGGAUUGAGAACCAUCUCAAUCAAGAUUCACUUGCUGGGUUUUUGCAGAACUUUCAACAUCAUCGCAGAAUCCUACUGAGCUGAGGGGCGGAGCAAACUGUCCGCCGAUGAAGGUCGUGAGAUGUGAUUACAGGUUGCUGGACGGAGUGAGUCGAGACCAUUAUGUCCAACAACAGAUCUCUGUGACUCCACAUCGAACCACUAUUGCUUUACAAAUGCAACUUUCUGCUUCGCAAAGCAUGUAUCAACAUAUUUCAUCUGCUGAUGUUUUCAUGAAUGAAGUGCACUAUAUCGACAGUUGAUUAAAUUAAAGUAUUGGAUGAGUUGC